AUGGCUCCCCCCGGGCGACGACGCAGUCUUGGAGGGCCUACCCUCUUCUACCUAUUUUCAACGGUUAUACUUUUUGCUAUCAUCGCAUCAUUCCCAAAUACGGUCUCUGCAGCCGGCACUGGCGUGCUGGGAAUCGACCUUGGGACAGAAUAUAUUAAAGCCGCCGUCGUUAAACCCGGCGUACCACUCGAAAUUGUUCUAACAAAGGACUCAAAACGAAAGGAACUUUCUGCCGUGGCCUUUAAACCUUCCAGAGAGAGCGGGGCUGCGUAUCCGGAGCGAUUCUAUGGCAGCGAUGCACUUGCCCUCGCUCCCCGGUUUCCCAACGAUGUUUACUUCAAUUUGAAAUCCCUACUCGGUAUCCCUAUUGAAACUGGUAUUCAAGGCUCAGAUGGUGGGCAAUCAAAUAUGGCUGCCUUGUAUGAAAAUCGGUUCCCAGGUAUUAAGCUCGAACCCGCCUCGGACGGCCGAGGGAGUAUCGGAAUUCGGAGCAGAUUGCUCGGUGAAAAAGAGGGCAAAUCGCCGUUUCUGGUAGAAGAGCUAUUGGCAAUGCAAUUGAAACAAAUAAAGGCAAAUGCUGAAGAAAUGGGUCAAAAAACCGGCUUGGAGGACGCUGUUAUUACCGUUCCGCCAUUCUUCUCCGCCGAAGAAAAGAGAAGUGUGCAGUUUGCGGCAGAAUUAGCUGGCCUUAAUGUCCUUUCAUUAAUCUCUGACGGAAUGGCGGUCGCCCUCAACUAUGCCACCAGCCGUACUUUUCCAAAUGCCACCAAUAACGAAAAGCCUGAACACCAUGUCAUAUUUGAUAUGGGGGCUGGCUCAACAACAGCAACUGUGCUCAAAUUCCAAAGCCGGACCGUCAAAGAUUUUGGUAAAUGGACUAGGAACUUUCAAGAGAUUCAUGCUGUUGGGGUUGGAUGGGACAAAACGCUCGGUGGUGAUGCUCUUAACCAAUUGAUCGUCAAUGAUAUGAUUUCCAAAUUAUCUGAAUCAGGUAAAUUGAAAGACGGCACAAGCAUAGAACAAAUUAAGGGCCACGGUAAAACGAUGGCGAAGCUUUGGAGGGGAUCCGAAAAGAUACGCCAAGUUCUGAGCGCAAAUUCAGAAACUUCUGCUACCUUUGAAAGCCUGUAUGAGGAAGAUGUCUAUUUCAAAUAUAAAAUCUCGCGUGCAGCUUUCGAAGGCUUAGCAGAGAGUCAUAUUAAACGCAUCUCCAAACCCCUACUGGAUGCUCUAGCUGUUGCGAAGGUAACUUUGGCUGAGGUUGAUUCCAUCAUUCUCCACGGCGGUGCCAUCAGAACCCCGUUUGUUCAGAAGCAACUAGAAUUGCUCUGUGGCGAAUCCAAAAAAGUAAGGACGAAUGUUAACGCUGAUGAAGCUGCUGCCCUGGGGGCAGCUUUCAAAGGCGCAUCGCUGAGCCGCACAUUCAGAGUGAAGGAAAUUCAAACUUAUGAUAUUCCCGCAUACGGCGCGUCUAUCAAAUUCGUAACUGGAGGCAAAGAGAGAAAGCAACAAGCUUUUCUUCCGACUUCACAGAUUGGCCAAGAAAAGAUUACUAUCAUCAAGAAUCUGAAAGAUUUUGACUUUGAGUUUACUCAACAAUUUAUUCGUGAUAAUCAGACGAUUGAUUACCCAGUCUCUCAUACUAAAACUACCAACCUUACAGAAGCGCUUACGGGGCUAAAAGAAAAAUUCGGUUGCCCCGUCGAAAACGUCACCAUUUGGUUUGGCAUGCAACUUAACCCGAUCACGGCAAGCCCUGAAAUAACGCGCGGUUCGGCGAGUUGCGAGGUUGAGGAGGUCAAGAAGAGUGUUGUUGAGAAAGCGAAGGAAUUUUUAGGGUUCGACUCGAAGAAAGACCAGAAAUCCCUCCAAGAUGAUGACAGUAAACAGCAGCAAAGUGAAUCAAGCAGUACAUCCUCUUCUAGUACAGCAACGGAGAGCCCUGGUUCUUCGACUUCUUCGCACACUAAAUCUGCAACAGAACAAAAACCUUCUUCCGUCGACGCUGAUGAUGGAAACGAAGAGCCACCUGAAGCACCACGGCAAGUUCGUAUUGAAACCAUGAUUAUUGGGUUUGAGUCUACGCAACUAGGUAUUGCCAGGCCAUCAAGAGACGAAAUGCGCCGGAUCAAAAGCCGGCUGACUGCUUUUGAUGCCUCUGACUUUGCUCGUGUCCAUCGCGAAACCACUCUGAACAAUUUAGAAGCUUUCAUUUACCGCUCUUCGGAUCUCCUUAAUGACGUAGGUUUCGAGAAAGCGAUGAAGACUGAGGCGAUGGAUACACUGAAAACCACCAUUGCCGAAUUCAGCGAAUGGCUUGCUGGGGACGGAGCGGAUGCCCCGACGAAGGAAUUGAAGGCCAAGCUUGAUACCUUGAAGUCAAUAGUCGAUCCGGUUCUGAAUCGGAAGGCUGAGAAUGAGAUGCGACCAGUGAAAAUACAGGGCCUACAGCAAAAUCUCAGCAGCGCAAAGAUGCUCUUACAAGUAAUGGAAAACCAAAUAAAGGCAGAGGAGAGCGCCUUUUCCGCAUCUACUUCAGAAACACCCUCGCCUUCAGAAGAAGCUGAAAGCACUCCUUCCGGCCCUGAACCAGAUGCUUCCAGCAAUUCAUCUUCUGCCUCUACUUCGUCGGCCUCUUCAGCACCGACACCAUCCUAUUCUAUAUAUAACCCUGUCGACUUAUCCCUACUCUCUAAGACCCACGACGAAGUCAGCGCCUGGCUAGAUACCAAACUGAAGCUCCAGGAAAAACUGGCCGAAUCUGACGACCCUGUGCUCACUUCGGAUGACUUGGAGACCAAAUUGAUGGAAUUGCAACGGUCAUUAAAUAAAAUCAUGGAAAAGAUGGCUCGACAAGGUAAGCCUGGAGCCGGCAGCAAAAAACAAGGAAAGAAGAACGGCGGCCAAAAGAAAGAUCAGAAGACGAAAGAGAAGACCAAGCCGAAGACUACGACUGAGAGCAAGGGAGGAGAAGCUAAGAAAGACGAUGAGAAGAAGGGACCGAAAUUAAACAAAGAUGAAUUGUAA